UCGAGUGACGACACACCUUGACAGGUAUCGGCCGUCGGCCAUUUUACAAAUUAGUAAAGUUUUGUCACCUAAUUUAUUACGGAGUAAAAUUGCCUUUAUAUGGAAUUAUAAGCGUAUAAGGAUAUUUUAUUAAUUAACACUCUACGAGUGGACUGCUUCUUCAAGUGUCUUUGCUUUAAGCACUGAUGAAGAGUUAAUGCAGUAUGUCAUCAAGGGACAUACAGAAUUUCGAGACAGGGAGAAUAGGUGCUCUGCGAGAUGAAAGAGUUUAUAUACAGAAAAAGACAUUUACCAAAUGGGCUAAUGCCUUCUUGGAAAAGGCCCGACUGGAGAUUCAUGACCUGUUUAAGGACCUCGCUGAUGGAAAGAUUCUCAUGAAGUUGUUGGAGAUUAUAUCCGGAGAGAACCUCGGCAAACCAAAUAAAGGCAUAUUAAGAGUACAGAAAGCUGAAAACAUUAACAGAUGUCUAACUUUUCUCAGAACAAAGGUUUACUUCGAGAAUAUCGGAGCAGAAGAUAUUAUGGAUGGCAACCCACGGCUGAUUCUCGGACUUAUAUGGACAAUUAUUCUUCGCUUUCAGAUUCAGGAGAUUGAAAUUGAAGUGGAUGAAGAUGAUGAGAGUAGUGAAAAGAGGUCAGCAAAGGAUGCACUGUUGCUAUGGUGUCAGAGAAAAACAGCAGGGUAUCCAGGGGUAGACAUUAAAAACUUCACAAGUAGUUGGAGAAAUGGACUUGGAUUCAAUGCUCUUAUACACGCACAUAGACCAGACCUGAUAGCAUAUGAACACCUAGACCCAGCAGAUCACAUUGGCAAUUUGAACAAUGCCUUUAAUGUAGCUGAUGAUAAACUUGGAAUCCACAAGAUUCUUGAUGCUGAAGAUGUUGAUGUACCAAAGCCGGAUGAGAAGAUUAUUGUAACCUAUGUGGCUUCCUACUAUCAUUAUUUUGCCAAGAUGAAGAGUGAGAUGACUGGAGGAAAAAGAAUUGCCAAGAUUGUUGGUUCAAUGUUAGAGCUAGAGAAGAUGGUAGAUGACUAUGAGAGCCUUACAACUGUUCUACUGGAGUGGAUCAAAGCUAAAAUAGUAACUCUUAAUGACAGAAACUUUCCAAACUCACUAGAGGGUAUACAGAAGGAACUAAUCUCUUUCAAAGAGUACAGAACUGUAGAAAAACCACCAAAGUUACGAGAGAAAGGCAACAUAGAAGCAACAUUUUUCAACAUACAGGCCAGAUUAAAAGCCAAUGGACAGAAAUUAUACAAUCCCCCUGAAGGCUUCCUUAUUCAUGACAUAGAAAGUGCCUGGAUGAGGCUAGAGAAAUCAGAACACAUCCGAGAAACUUCACUCCGAGAUGAAUUAAUCAGACAAGAAAGAUUAGAACAGCUAGCACAGAGAUUUAGAAGAAAGGCUGAAAUCCGAGAGUCAUGGUUGAUGGACAUGAUGCAAAUAUUGGAUGAAAAAAUGGUUUGUAACAAUGCAGCACAAGCUGAGGCAGCCAUUAAAAAACAUGAAGCAAUUAGCGCUGAAAUUCUUGCCAGAAAAGACAGAUACAAGGCAUUAAAUACAUUAGCUGUAGAACUGGUUCAAGGAAAUUAUCAUCAGAAGGCAGCAGUACAGAAAAAAGAUGACUAUAUUAGACUGAAAUGGCAGGAGCUGUUGGACAAAUUAGAACAGAGGAAACUUACACUAGCAGGAUUUAAUAAUUUAAUGGCAAUGUUCAGAGAAAUUGAAACUAUACAAGAAGAGUUGAAAGAAGUGGAGAAUAAGGUGAAGUUAGAGGAUUGUGGGAAGCACCUGCUGGCGGUGGAGGAGUACCUACAGCAACAUAGUCUACAGGAAUCACAACUCCAUUCUCUUGCCAAACGAGUUCGGAAUCUCAACAGACGGUCAAAAUCAUACGCAGAUCCAAACCAUCCAGAGAUGAAAGUCCUUGAUCAAAGAUUAGAUACUCUCAAUUCAGAAUUAGAAAAGGUGAACAAUUUAAGCACAAAGCGUAAGAAGAACCUUGAAGUAGCGAAGGCAUAUUUUCAGUUUUUACAAGACUCAGAGGAAGAGGAAAGAUGGGUGCUAGAAAAGAUAGGGAUUGUAAAACAGACAGAUAUUGGCAAAGAUCUCAAUGCCGCAUGUGUUCUUCUUAAACGGCAUGAGCAAGUUGAAGCUGAAAUGGCAGGCCGGUUCCCAGUAUGUGAACAGGUGUGUGGUAAAGGCCAGGACUUGGUGAACACGGGACACAGUGCUCGAUCAGAGAUUGGCUCCCGUAUCAAAUCCUUGAUGGAUAAAUGGAAACAGCUUCAAGAACUGGCAGCUACAAGGAGAACUAAACUAGAGGAUGGCAUUGAAGCUCACCAGUAUUAUGCUGAUGCUAAUGAAGCAGAAUCUUGGAUGAAGGAGAAGAUGCCACUGGUAACAAGUGAUGAUUAUGGUAAGGACGAGGGCAGUGCUCAGACUUUACUGUCCCGACACAACAGACUGGAGGGUGAGAUCAAAACAUUUGGUAGUGAGAUUAAGAGACUCGAUGAACUUGCUCAACUAAUGACAAAGGCUGCCAGUGAACAUAAUAUAAGUCUCGAAAAGUUUAAACCAGCUGAGAAUGGACAGAAGUCAGAUGAUGAAAUGUAUGAAGAUGAAGUUGUUGAAAGACCUCAUGAGAUUGAUGUUGAAGAGAUACAUGAGAAGGAAGUGUUACAAGAUUAUGUAGAAACUCGUAAAAUACCGCAAGUGAAAGCUGCUUACACUUACAGAGGACAGGGGAUGACGAUAGAAAAAGGGGAGGUAAUCAUAGAAUUGUUUUCUCUGGCAUUGUUUGCAUUACUAUAA